AUGAAGCAAGCAUCAGAAGCUAUGACUAACAAGUACAAAAUAUCAUCACAACAGGUAUAUCAAAUAUGGAGAGGAGUCCAUCCACAAAUAGAUCCUAAAGACAUAAAUCGAUUUUCGGAAGAACCUGGUUCGCCUCAGCAAGCAGACCCUGUGGAAUGUAAUGUUAUUUCUGGAAACACCACUAGCUUCAAUAAGCUCAAAAAGUUUAAAUAUAAGCAAUGA